CCAUGUGCCAUAGCCCUUCCCAAGAUCAAGAGAAAAGACAAAUGCCCAUAUCUCCUUCCAUUGGCUAUGUUUGUUCCCACAACUCUCACCUUUUUGUAACACUAGGUCGGCUUCUAUUAUAUUCAUGUCUUCCACUUUAUCAUUUUUUAUGUUUUCAAGUGUUAUAUAACCACAUAAACUUCUCUUACUAGUUCUUCCACUUUCAAUUCUUUUAAAAAGAAAAAAAACUUCUAAAAAGAAAAAAAAGGGUAAAAGAAAAAGAAGAUGAUGAAGUUGAAGUCAAAGAUGUUUUGUAGAAGCAUAUCAAAGCUUGGAAAUAUUGGAAACAAAGUAGUAGCACCAUCUACAAUUGAAAUUGAAAAGGAGUGUAGUGAAAUCAAAUGGGAACUUAGGCCUGGUGGCAUGCUUGUGCAGAAAAGAGAGAGCAAUAAAAGUGAUGAAGAGAUGAUCACAAUUAGAGUUUCAACAAUGUCAAAGUGGCAUGAUAUUUCCAUUGAAGCCACUUCAACUUUUGGAGAUUUGAAGAUGGCUUUAUCAUUGGUAACAAGUUUGGAGCCAAAAGAACAAAGGCUUAUCUACAAAGGUAAGGAGAGAGAUGACAAUGAAUUUCUUCACAUGAUUGGUGUUAGGGACAAAGAUAAGGUUCUUCUUCUUGAAGAUCCGGCUAUUAAGGAAAUGAAGCUAUUUGGUUUGGCAAGAGGAGAAUCUAUUAACAAUCCUUGUUGUACAAUUAGUGUGUAAUAAAUAUCAUCUAAUCUUGAUUGAACGGUAACUGGUGAUUCAAAUGUGUGAAUGCGUGAUCUUCUGACUUUAGCGAAUUCAAACUCAGCGAUAUACUGAAGAUGAUUUCUAAAACUCAUAAUUAAUUAGUACUAACAAGAAAAGAAAAAGUGAAAGUUAAGUUUAAUGUGAUGUGAUGGUUGCUCUUUCUUCACUCUUUUUUGUUUGUUAAUUUCUUAGUGUAGAGGAACAUAAUCAUGUACUCAUCUUGUUUGAUUUGAAAAUGUAUAAGCUGAUGUUAUGUGUCCUAA